AUAUGUGCCUGGAUGUGCAUGUGUGUGCACAGUGUCUGUGAGGUGACAGGGGUGCUUCCCGGCAUGCGUGAUAGCUGAGUGAGCAUGCAUUUGAUGUUUUUCAGAAUGGAAGGCAGCACAUACAGUAUGUGUGGAUCCCGAGUAUGGCCCCGCGUUGCCCUGUGUAUGACAACCUCACACACUGUGGAGGGGGAGGACCGGAAAAAUCAUUCUUAUUGCUCUUCUUCAUUCGCCUGCACACAGCACACAUAUCCACAGCGCUCUGACUUUCUCCCUUUUCUCUCUGGCUGGGUUAAGUCCACAUAAUUGUACAUGUUUAUGGCCAGGAAAGGGUGCUGAUGGAAUAAGGUUCCUUUAUCCAUUAGAAUUAACUUGAAUUUACCCAGUCUUGGGGAUGGGGGAAGCCCCCCAGAGAAAGUGUGGGUAAAUAUUUAAAGAGUGUCUGUUGACAGUUCCCAUCCACAUCCUGGCCUGGGCAGCCUGCCUGGGGAAGUGUAGGGGGGGGUGCGGUGAGGCCAGGGGGCCCCUCCUAGCUGAACUGGCAUUUCCUAUGGGGUUAGGGUAUGUGGGGACAGCUAAGAGGCCUGCUUUAGUCUCCUCCAACCCAGAUACAAGGGGUCUCCUAAGAAGAAACCUCCUGGAUCAGCCCAGCCAGAAGCCAGGGACCCACCAGCUGCCCUCUCCUUCUCUGUCCCCACCAGCAGCUUUGCCCUCCAGCAAGCUCGUGGCUAUUGCCCGGGCUUCCUGCCUCAGGCAGGAGCUGGUGUCUGAAGGGUCAGUGCAGCCCUGACUGGGUAUAUGGAGUGCCCCCUGCCUCUGGCCCUCUCCACUACCCACAGCAGGCAGGCAGGCAAGAGAAUCUUAAGGAUCUAGGGAAGACAGGGCAGCUUCCCACCCUGGGGAGGGGCAAGAGUCAUGGAGGGUUCUGAUGCCUGAAGUGUUUGGGGAUAUGAUGCGCUUGUUCCUCCUCAGAGUCCCCAGACUUAAGGACCCCUCUGGGGAGCCCAUCUUUGGGGGUUAGGGGAGCAACUGUUUCUUGUUGGCAUUCAACCCCUCGGGGGUCUUAUACCUGUUGAGGUAACCUGAGUUGACCUGCUGGCUCAGGUAUCUCUCUCUGUCUCUCUCUGAGAGGAAGGAAAAGAGAAGGGGGGAGAGGCACCUUCAAAUCUGAAUGCGCACCUUGGAAAAGCUGGCCCUAGUCGUUAGCUAGGGCUGGCUCACCACCCCCCCGACAUACCACACCCCCAUCCCUCCCCCUUCCUCCCCUACCCUUCUUCCAGGCCCCCCCCAGCCCUGAACCCCUCUACCACCCGCCCGCCAUCCCUCCCUUUCUUCUUUCUCUCUCUCUCUCCCUCUCUCUCUCUCUCUCCCUCUCUCCCUCUCUCCCUCUCGCCUGUCUUCAUGUCGUGGAUUGAUGAACGCGAAUCGCGUGUAAGCGCCGCCACCGCCGGGAGUCUGAGGAAUUCGCCUGGGCUGUUAAAGGAAAGAGCUAAGUGCGAGAGCGCGAGCUCUACCUACCGACAGUGAAGAGAGCCGCCGCCGCCGCCGCCGCCGCCCGCUCGCCCGCCGCAGCCCGCGCCCAGCCCGGGAGCUGCGCCGCCCCGCCGGCACCCAGGCGCCCCCCACCUGCCCAGCCCGGCCCGCCGCCCCGGGGAGCCGGCCGGCCUGGGGAUCGCUCCCGGGGGGAGGGCAGUUUCGGGGUCCCGGGCGGGGGAGUCGGGAGCCAGAGGGGAGAGGGCGGCGGGUUUUCAUGUGCCCAGCAUGAGCUCCUACUUCGUCAACCCCCUGUUCUCCAAGUACAAAGGCGGCGAGUCCCUGGAGCCGGCCUAUUACGACUGCCGCUUCCCGCAGAGCGUGGGCCGGAGCCAUGCGCUGGUGUACGGGCCCGGCGGCUCGGCGCCCGGCUUCCAGCACGCCUCGCACCACGUCCAAGACUUCUUCCACCACGGCACCUCGGGCAUCUCCAACUCGGGCUACCAGCAGAACCCGUGCUCGCUGAGCUGCCACGGAGACGCCUCCAAAUUCUAUGGCUACGAGGCGCUCCCCAGACAGUCCCUUUAUGGGGCUCAGCAAGAGGCGAGCGUGGUGCAAUAUCCCGACUGUAAAUCCUCCGCCAACACUAACAGUAGCGAAGGACAAGGCCACUUAAAUCAAAACUCGUCUCCCAGCCUCAUGUUUCCAUGGAUGAGACCCCACGCUCCGGGGCGGCGCAGCGGAAGGCAAACUUACAGCCGGUAUCAGACCUUGGAACUAGAAAAGGAGUUUCUCUUUAAUCCUUAUUUGACACGAAAGCGCCGGAUUGAAGUCUCUCACGCCCUGGGACUGACUGAGAGACAAGUGAAGAUCUGGUUCCAGAACCGAAGGAUGAAGUGGAAAAAGGAGAACAACAAGGAUAAACUGCCGGGAGCCCGAGACGAGGAGAAGGUGGAGGAAGAAGGAAAUGAGGAAGAGGAGAAAGAAGAGGAGGAAAAGGAAGAAAACAAGGACUGAGCAAAAAAGAGAGACACCCCCCCCCUUUAGCAACUCCCUUGAAGUUUCGUUUUAUGGUAGCGGAUAAAUUGAGAAGUUUACGACUGUCAUUUGCUUUUAUAGAGAAUAGAAUGACACUCAAAACCCCAACUACCUGUCAGAUACUUGCAGCUCGGGUUUUAUUACCUUUGGACUUCCCCCGAUCUUUAUUUGUUUGGGGACUGGAGGGGGGAGACUGAGACACAGCGAAAAGUUCCGAGUCUCUGUCUCAGUCGUUGCCCCAACACACACACUUUUCCGUCCCCCCACCCUUCUUAGUCCUGCCUGGAUUUUAAGGUCUGAGACCUGGCGUCUUUGCCCCUUCUCCCGGCCCUGUCUUGCCACCCUGCCACCUCCCUGCUUCUCUGGUAUUUAUUUUAGAGGGGAACCCCCUCAAACUGCAGAAGAAGACUCGUGGCUUUGUUUUCAAGCUAGGAUUAGUGUAUUAGAUUGACUUUUUUUUUUUCCAAAGGACAGAAAAUUGAAGGAAGGAAGGAAAAGAAAGGGAAGAUGUUCAAAGACAUUUUUUAAAUGAUAGCGAGGAAUAUCCCCUCUCCCUCCCUGGGGCUCCCCGCUUAGAAAGACUCCCUUGACUUUCUCUAGGAACCUGAUGGAAACCUGAAGCAGAUGGGGGUCUCCCCCUCCCCCUCCCUUUCCACGGGGUAGAUAGGAGCCUGCAGUCACCCGCUAAGAUCCUACCUAGCCAUCCCAUGGUCACUCGGGCCCAUGCCUUCCUCCCCUUUCCUGUCUAAUUUCUGUUGUUGGGCCCAGCUUCCUCUGAGCUGCGUUGGUGUGAGCGCUCAGAAAUCACCAUAAUCAUGAAAAUAAUAAUAAUACUGAUAAUAAUAAUAAUACUAAUGAUAAUAAAUCUUUAACAUACUACCUAAAGGGAACCUGCAAUAAUCUUGAAAAAAAUAAAAAAGAGAAAUUUUUAAAAAUCCUAAUAUGGGAGAAAAAAAGAGAAAAAAUUUAAAAUGAAAAAAAAGAAAGAAACCUCCAACGUAUUUUAUCACUACCUAUAGGAAGAAAUCCCGCUUUGAGAGUAUUUGUAAUGCGGUUUUGUUGUCGUUUGUUGCUGCUUAUUUCAAUAAGAAAAACCCAACAACUGAGACUGCCUAGCCCGCCGGUCCUGUGCGCUUUUAUUGUGCUUCUAACCCCAGUAGAGUAGAACUAAAUUGCACUGAAUGUAUAGUUAACUCUGUCUUGAAUUCUCUGUUUAUGCAAUGUGCUCGAAAGAAAAAAAAACGUUUAAAAUAUAUCUAUAAUAAUAAUUUUUCGUCAUUUGUCUUUAUGUCCAGCUAUGAAUGUAGAUUUUGUGUCCCAGCAGCCCUGUUUCUGGUCCAAGUACUUUGUAUUGUAUACGUGAGUCAUAAUAAAAAAAAAAGAGGAGAAAAAUA